AUGUUCAGAACCAAAGCCGCCCAAAUCUCCAGAAUCAACGUCGGGACCGUCUGUCGAUCGGGUCGGCCGUUUCAUGCUAGUGCUGUUGCACACGAAACAGUGAAGGAAAAGGUUAGCGAAGCUGCCAAUGACGUAAACCUCAAAGUCGGGAAAGGUUUGGCCAGCGCCAUCGAGAAAGGGGAGCAGUUGACCGAGAAGGCGAAGAAGACAUUCGGUUCUAAAGCUGAAGAAGCCGAGGAGAAGACCAAGCAAACAGCAGAACUGGGAAAGCAGAAGAUGAACCAGACCGACGCGCACAGCAAGUACAAGGAAAAGCUUUUGCAGCGGGCGAAAGAAGCUGGGCUGAGUCUGGAUGAACUGAAACAACAAGCAAAGAAGACUGCCGAGGCACAGAAAGAGGCGGAACGGAAAGCGCUCGAGGCGACUCUGCCAGCACAUAAGCUUCAACAACAGGUCGAAGCUUCUUCAUCGAGCACUUCAUCUGCGUCCUCGAAUCCUGCCUUGAAGGCGAAAGAGCGCAAGGACAGCUCACCAGUCAAGCCGCUGUCGACAAUCUUCAACGUAGAGAAAUUGGUGUCAACACCACAUACACCAGAGCAAAUUUCAACAUUGUGGACAGCUUACCAUGCCUCACGUUCGGGAGGUACUGGUCGAGGAUUCGUGUGCGCCUCUAUUCCGUCAGAUAUGUACGGCAAGCUGGAGAAGGUCGGCCAAAAGUACCCAGCCUUUGUUCUCCCUGUACCACGACCCCGACCGGACGACACAGGGCCUCUGAAAGAAGGGGAAAACGACACUGCGUAUGAAUUCUACUUCAUGGAAUGGGCUUUCCACGAACGACCACCAGUUCCUCAAGCGGACAGUAACAUCCCAUUUGAGGUCCCGUCUUCGAAAAACUCUACAAAUCCUCCCCUUGCCACCGUUCUUUUCACGCCUCUACAAGAGUACAAGUCUCGGCAGACCUUUGCUACUCCUUACCUCAUCGUGACCUUCUACACCGACUUGGUCACAACCCACCAACGGGUACUCAUGAGGGGAGAAAUAACGCCCGCCGCCGCUAGCCCUACUGGUGCAAAUGGGGAUCGCUAUCUUCUGAGCCAGGAGGACGCUCAGGUGCUCAUUAUGGGGCUACAAAAGUUCUAUCUUUGGACGUCUGAAGGAGAGGGCGAAUCCGAGGCGGCAAAGCUAUUACGGGUAUUCCACGAGAAACCGGAGGACUUCAAAUGGGAAGACCUUGUAAAGAUUGGCAACCUGACUGGCUAG